AUGAAGGAAGCAAUCGUCGAUAAGGGACCUAAAGUCACUAUUCACGAUGUACCAAUUCCCAAGCCCAAUGCCGAUCAGGUGUUGAUCAAAGUCGUCUACUCUGGGAGUAACCCCAAGGAUUGGAAAAGGCCACAAAAUUUUGGAAAGCCGCAUAAUUCUGGCGACGAUAUCGCAGGCAUUGUUGAAGAGGUUGGAGAGAAUGUGGUUGAGUUCAAGAAGGGGGACAGAGUUGCUGCUUUUCACGAGAUGAUGACCCCGCAUGGUUCUUUUGCUGAGUAUGCUAUUGCGUGGGCAUAUACCACUUUCCAUCUACCGAAGAAGACUUCUUUCGAAGAGGGAGCAACUAUCCCACUUGCCGCUAUGACGGCUGCGGUUGGUCUUUAUGUGCGCCUAGGCCUUCCUGAACCUUGGAACGCUCCAACUACUCCUCUUCCACUGAUCGUCUAUGGUGCAUCUGGCGCUGUGGGUGCGUAUGCUAUCAAACUAGCUCAGGCUUCUAACAUUCAUCCUAUCAUCGCUAUUGCUGGCAGAGGCCAACCAUUUGUCGAGAAGCUCAUUAGUCCAGAGAAAGGGGACACUAUCGUUGACUAUCGUAACGGAGACGAUGCUGUCGUCUCCGGUAUCAAAAAUACACUGAAGAAGGCUGGAGUGGGCGAGGUUCACCAUGCUUUCGACGCUGUCAGUGAGAAAGGAAGUUUCCAGAACAUCAGCAAAGUUCUAGCGACCAAAGGGGGCAAGAUCACUCUCGUGCUUCCUGGAGCCGAUUACUCUGAUAUUCCAAAGUCCAUCGAGCAUAGCCUUACAAUGGUUGGUAGUGUUCAUUUGGAUUCAGACUUCGGAUUUGCUUGGUUUAGGCUCUUUUCGAAAGGUCUGCAGGAAGGAUGGUUUACUGCUCAUCCAUAUGAAGUUGUGCCUGGAGGUCUAAACGGAGUUGAGAAGGGGCUAUCGAACUUGAAAUCCGGAGCGAAUUCCGCAACAAAGUAUGUCUUCAAGAUUGAAGACACGAAGUAG